AUGGCUGCAAGUCUGUCUAGCUUGGGACCACCUCACGCCGGUCCCGGGAGUACAGCUCCGAAUAUUGGCUUUACCGUCGCGGCGACCCACAACCGGAGAGGAGUAAUCAACAAGGAACCUCUGUCUGGCAACACGCUGUGUCACAAGAACAAUGUCGAGAGGAAGCAGGCCAUUCACGAGAACCGAUUGGCGUCUGUCAAGGCAUCCCUGUCCUUAAGCACUCCGCGACGAAUGGAGUUCAUGGACAAGCGACUGUCAAAGAACUUCCACGCGCGUCGGCAUCACGAACUAGUUGUCCUUCAGAAUCGCAAGAUCCUCAGAGCCCUCGAAGAAAUCCACUCCCGCAGCAGUACCGUUGCUGCCGUGGGGGCAACUAACCCUGCUGAGGGAGGAAGUAUGGUGGUGCCUGCAAGCAGCGAUGGAGAAAGACUGGGAAGCUCUUCCGCGCCCGCGAGCUGGAAGAAAAGCAAGGGCUUGCCCUCGGCGUCGGCUACCAAUGCCGGCGAAUCCUCUUGCUCCUCGAAAAAGCUCAACUCAUUGCUUGCGAGAAGGCGGAACGUUAAGGCAGCCUUGGUCGCACGAGAGAACCAGAAGAUGAUGGAACGCAUAACAAGGUCCAAGUCCCUCUACUCGAAGGAAAAUAUGCGUCAGCACAGGGUUUGCCACAAGCGGAUCCUUCGCCUUAGAAAGACGGACUACACCGCCGGGCACCUUCUGGCUGCAGCGACGGCAAGUCGCCACUGGAGAGGCGGCGACUCCCGCGAUGAGGAAGGCCGGCAUCGGCACCGCCGUCGCAACCGCCACAGCCAGAGAAACCGCCGCGUGUCAGGCGGAAGCAAGGAGUACGUCAACGCUACAAGCACACCACCGCCCGUUGCCAGAGGCACGUCCUACUCCCCGACGCGGGGUGAACACAGCCGCUCUGUCCACAGGGUUGACGGGGGUGGACUCGGUGGUCGUGGGACCAAGAGCGCCCCUCGCCUCCCCUCUCUCUUGGAUGUCGAAGACAUCUACGGCGGUGGUAGCAUCCUGGGCUCGCCUAACCUGGAGCAGUGCCUCCAGGCCGCGGAGAUGUCAGCGCGUAGCGGCGGUGGCGGCGGCGGGGUGGAGGAGGGGAGUGCGGUCGGUGGGAGUGGGUCCCGCUCUUCUUCGCGAAACAGCACCGCAGUUUCCGGAAACCACGAGGACGAUGGAUGCAGGCCCAGACCGUUCACGGACGGAGGCGUCGGAAGCAGGGGAGGGUCUCGCCACCACCGCAAGACUUCUCGACAGCGCGGUGGUAAAGACACCGCCGGUGUCGGCGGCAGCAGUACCGGUGGCAGGCGAGGGACAGAUGCCAGCUUAGAUGCUCUCUCUCACCACAGGGAGAGCCUUGAGAGCUCCGUCGAAGAUUCUUCCGGCGGAAUAAGGCGGGGGCGCUAUGGUAACCAGAGGGGUCGAGGGGGCGGAGGAAGCAGUGGCGAUAAGAGUUCGGGUUCUUUGGCAAGCAGCGGGAAGUCGGCAGACGAUGCCGAGCUGGACAAGAUUUACAACCCUCUGGCGUUUCUCGACGAGACGCAGGGCGUUCGAGUGCUUAUUCAGGCUACCAAGCCGCUAGAGGUAGACGGUGCUUUGUUGGCCGAUUGGGACAGGGCGCUGAAAGGUUGGUGGCUUGUUGUCUACAGGCUGAGGCAGCUCAACCAUUUGUCCCGAGGUUCGUUCGUGACUGAUGAUCGAAAGGAUGUGUUCCUCCCUCCCCCUUGGCUUCCUCCGAAGGUGUCUAGUCGUGCGGGGGAAACAUGGAUUUGCUUCAUCCGGAUCAUGGUUCAGGACCCCUUUGACAACCAGUUGGACGUCAGAAUCAUCCACGACAGAGAGGAGAUCUGCCAACGGCUGCUGUCCCUGGAGGAGGCCACCGUCAUCUGCGAACACGCGAAAGCGACUUCUUCCGGUGGCGGCGGCAUGGCACCCGGCGACCGCCCGUCCUUGUUCGCGCCGCGGGCGGCGGCGGCCGCGCCGAAGCGGUCGUUGCCCCUGCCCGGGAGCGCUGCCUCCGGUGCCGCUGCCGCCGUGCCGCCGUCCCCGACAAUGGCGGCAAACCCUGGUGGUGGUGGUGGUGGUGGUGAUACUGCUUCGGACGUUCAGCGAGCGGAGGGCGUCGCGGAGGACGGCGGCGGCGGCGGCGAAUCCGGUGGUGGUCGCCAGACGCGGCCCUUUGCGGGGCUGAAACAGUACUCGGCCAGCGACGAAAACCUGAGCGAGCUGCUGUCGGCUCUGUUCAAGCAGGCGGACGUGGAGGAGAAGGGAUUCCUGACCCCUGAACAGCUGACGUCGAUCAUGCAAAACGCUGAGUUGGGCUUGACGGGGCCGGAGCUACACCUGGUCAUCGCGGAAGCCGACGAGAAUGCUGACGGCACAAUCGAUUACUACGAAUUCAUCCCGCUGGCCUACAACCUGGUGGAUGCCUUCCGUGCAAGGCAUCGUGCUUGCGAGGAGAUGGACGAAGCGAACCUUGACCUGGACCAGCAGCUGUCGGCUUACAACGGUGACAGUCUCCCGAAGGGAAAUUCUCGUCGAGUCGGGUACCUCAAGCCCCUACCUCUUGUGCUAGAUCUCCCUCCCCUCCCCGCUCUCCGUCCUAUCGAGGACGUGUGGUCAAUGGUCCAACCACUAAGGCAUACAAAACAUAAGAGUACGCUCCGCUGCUCGCACCCCACGCAUGGCAUAUUGGCUUCACGACGCGAUGACCGCACCACCAUACACCUGGUCCACUUUUCCUUCCCCCGCAAGGCAAUACACGCGCUCUACGACGCCGAGUUCGACCGUCUGGUGCGGCAGCUGAAGGCCCUUUGCAAGAGCCAAGACGCCAACGGCACUGGCGUCCUCCCUCGAGCGGAGUUCAAGCAGUGCAUCUCCGCCGACCGCUGCGGCGGCCUGACCAAGAUCGAGUCCAAGCUGCUGCUCAACCUCCUGCCCAAGGACUCCCACGGGAACGUCGUCUACCGGAAGCUCGGGGCCGGUCUGGAGCAGGUCCGGUUUACCACUCUCCGCAACACGGUUGCGGAGGCCUCGGCGUCAGACACCCAGAAGUACCUCAUGGCCCUGUGCAGGGAGGAGGAAGCCAAGAGCGACCCGCUGGGGAACAAGGGGCACAUGAAGAGCAACGGGGACGCCGUGGCAAUCGGCGGCAAGCACUACUCCGGGGUGCUGCGGGCACGCCAGCUGACGAAGCUACUUCUCAAUGCGCCCUUGCUCAGCCUGAGCCGGCUGCACGUGACGGCGUUGAUGAGCCAGGCUAACAUCUUGGACGGCAUGGUCAACUACGUUGAAUUGGUGCCCAUGAUAGCAAAGACGAUCGAAGGGAUGUUCCACCCGUGGUCUAUCAAGAUGAGGCACGAGAUUUUCAACAACAACCGCGGGCCUGGAGGAGGCGGGGGCGUUGGGGGGGGGAUGGGAGAGGGAGGUUCGCAGCAGCAGCAGCAAGGGGCGGGAACUGCGACGGUGCGGGGGAAAAGCCGCGACGACAUUCAGAGAAAAAUCGUCGAAAUUUUGCGAGAGGUAGGUCGAUAA